AUGCGUUGUGCCUCCUUGCUGGCCCUGGUGUGCGUGGCGACAGCGGCGAAGCUGCAGGGCUACAGUGCCGGAGGUAACACUGGCCUGGGAAUCACGCUUGGCCAAGUGCAUGGAGGCGCUGGUCACAGGGGCGUUGGAGGCGGCAGUGUGGUUCCUGCCAUCUUCGUCGGUUCUGGCGUGAUUCCUGAGAGUGCCUUUGGCGGGGUAACUGGAGGUGUCCUCAGUGGGGAAUAUAGCGCCCCGAGCGUUGGCGUUGCUCCUGCGGCAAUUGGAGGCUUCGGUACUGGUGUCACUACAGGCUUCGAUGCUGGCGUAGCAGGAGUCUUCGAUGCUGGUUUCUCCGGAGGUUUUGACUCUGAUGCCGUGGCAGGGGAAUACAUCCCGCCAAUUGCAGGCCCUGAUGCCGCGCCUGUUGCCGUCCUUCCUGCUCCUGGCAACACAUACAUCACUCCCCGCAACUGAGCCUGACUCUGUCGGUUCUGACACGCGAGGGAUGCUGCCAUGA